AAGUCGGCAGUGGUAGUCUUCGGUCUCGGGGGCGCUGUCUUCUCGCCGGUCUGUUUUCCUGUGGAGACCCCAGGCCGCGCCUCGGAUGUCGAGCCCGCAGCUUCUUGUGCUCUUCGGCAGCCAGACUGGCACGGCCGAAGAUACGGCCGAGAGGCUGGGCCGCGAGGCCCGGCGCCGGCGGCUGCGCUGCCGGGUGCUGGCCUUGGACUCCUACCCAGUGGUGAAUCUGAUUAACGAGCCCUUGGUGAUAUUUGUUUGUGCAACUACAGGCCAAGGAGACCCCCCUGACAACAUGAAGAACUUUUGGAGGUUCAUAUUCCGGAAGAACCUGCCACUGACCUCCCUCUGCCAGAUGGACUUUGCCGUCCUGGGCCUUGGGGAUUCCUCGUACACCAAGUUCAAUUUUGUGGCCAAGAAGCUGCAUCGCAGGCUGCUGCAGCUUGGGGGCUGUGCCCUCCUGCCCACGUGCCUAGGUGACGACCAGCAUGAGCUGGGACCCAAUGCUGCCAUUGACCCUUGGCUGAACGACCUGUGGGGAAAGGUGUUGGCGCUGCACCCAGUGCCCCCUGGCCUCAGCAUGAUCCCACCUGGAGUCCCUCUGCCAUCCAGGUUCAUGCUGCAGCUUCUACAGGAGGCUCCCAGGACUGAGGAGUGGCAUAUGCCCAUGGCAGGCCCUCAGGGACCCCCCUCAGAGCUCCAGCCCUUCUUGGCACCCAUGGUCUCCAGCCAGAGGGUCACCGGCCCCACACACUUCCAGGACGUCCGGCUGAUUGAGUUCGACAUCGCGGGCUCUGGGAUCAGCUUUGCUGCCGGGGACGUUGUGCUAAUCCAGCCUGAGAACUCAGCCAGCCACGUCCAGCAGUUCUGCCAGGUGCUGGCCCUGGACCCUGACUCGUGGUUUAUACUGCAGCCCCGGGAGCCAGAUGUCUCCUGCCCCUCACGGCUGCCUCAGCCCUGCUCCAUGAGGCACCUCGUGUCACAGUACCUGGACAUCGCCAGCGUCCCUCGCCGUUCCUUCUUUGAGCUCCUGGCUGGCCUCUCCCCAGAUGAGCUGGAACGGGAGAAGCUGCUGGAGUUCAGCUCUGCCCAAGGCCAAGAAGGGCUCUAUGACUAUUGCAACCGGCCCCGCAGGACCAUCCUGGAGGUGCUCUGUGACUUUCCACACACGGCAGGUGCUGUGCCCCCCGACUACCUGCUGGACCUCAUCCCCCCGAUCCGGCCCCGUGCCUUCUCCAUUGCCUCCUCUCUCUCGGCCCUCCCUGGGCGUCUGCAGAUCCUGGUGGCUGUGGUGCAGUACCGGACGCGCCUCAAGGAGCCCCGCCGGGGUCUCUGCUCCUGCUGGCUGGCUUCCCUGGACCCUGGCCAAGGACCCGUCCGGGUGCCUCUAUGGGUGCGGCCUGGAGGCCUGGCUUUCCCGGAGACCCUGGACACACCUGUGGUCAUGGUGGGGCCCGGCACAGGUGUGGCGCCCUUCCGAGCAGCCAUCCAGGAGCGGGUAGCCCAGGGCCAGACUGGAAACGUCCUGUUUUUUGGCUGCCGCCAGAGGGACCAAGACUUCUACUGGGAGGCUGAGUGGCGGGAGCUGGAGAGGAGGGGCUGCCUCACCCUGGUCACGGCCUUCUCUAGGGAGCAGGAGCGGAAAGUGUAUGUACAACACCGGCUGCAGGAGCUUGGGUCCCUGGUAUGGGAGCUACUGGAUCGCCGUGGUGCCCACUUCUACCUGGCAGGCAAUGCCAAGUCCAUGCCAGCUGCUGUCACCAGCGCCCUGACGUCAAUCUUCCAGGAGCAGGGCGGGCUUUCUGGCCCCGAUGCAGUCAGCUACCUAGCCAGGCUCCAGCGUACACUGCGCUUCCAGGCAGAGACCUGGGCCUAAGCCUCCAGUGAGCCCAGAAAGGAGUCUAAAGGGCAUGUGCCUGGGGGCAUCCCCACCUCUGGGCCUGUCUGAGUAUCAAGAGCCCCUGCACAUAGUGCCAGCCCACUCCAGCCUCUGCUGUGGGCCGCCCUCGGCCACCCUCACCUCACCAGCACCUCGGCUUCUUUACCCUGCGUCCAUGGCCUAUGCCCAUCCCGUGGUCUGGCUGGAGCUGGGCUGCUGGCUGGGACAGGACCUCCUGCUGGCCCAUUCCCCACGGGCAGGAACAGUGACCCAGGAAAGCACCCAGGAGCCCAAUGGGUCCGCGUGAGAGCUGGCCCUGCCUCCACCCCUGCCCUGGGAUCCCUGCCAUCCCACCACAGUCUGGGGCAGCGCAGUUUCCAGUCACUGGUGCCUGCACCACACCAUGAAAUGCCAGGCCCACCGGGGCGCAGGCCCCACACCUGGGGGCAGUGAGGACAAGGGCUUACCUGUGGAGCUGAGGGUGAAGCUCCGCCAGCACAGCACCUUCCUGUUCCAGGAAGGUGAAAGUGGGGCAAUAAAUUAUGGUCCCUGGGUUGCCUGACUACU